GUUGGCAAAAGCAGCGCUUAGUCGUUCCCACCAUUUUUCCUAAUCCCAUUUCUCUUUUUCUCGUUCUCUUGAAUUUCUAGGGUUACCGUUGGAACCACUCGCCAGCCACGUACGUACGGAGGCUCUCUCUUCCUCCGCCAUGAACUCACGGCAAUCCUCUCUGUCGCCCUGUGACAUCUGCGGCGCCACCCAAACCCUAUCUCUGACCAUCCACAACAUCCGCCACCGCGCCCACACCUGCCGCCACUGCACCAACUGCGUCCUCAAGCAGCACCCUGGCCUCUUCUGCCCUCUCUGCUUCGAACUCCACGACGACUCGCCCCUCCCUCCCCACCACCGCCUCAUGUGCGUCCGCUGCCCCGCCGUCGCACACCGUUCCUGUGCGUUCCCCUCCACCAACCCCUCCGCUGCACCCGCGCCAGCACCACCGUUCUUCUGCCCUACUUGUCUCGAUUCUAACUUCACCUACUUCAAACUCCCCGACCGCAAGACCGGAGCCGUCGACGUCCAGUCCGCCAAGGUGCUCGUCACUGCUGCCCGGAUCGCUGCCGUGUCCAUGAGCAAGGCGGCCGCCGUGGCACGGUUCGAUGCGGAACGUCGCGCCAGGGAGGCCGCCGUGGCCAGGAAGAGGGCGAAGGACGCGCUGGAGCAUCUCGCGGAGAUCCUCGCCAGGGAGCAGGCGGAGCAGGACGAGGAGGAACAGAACGGCACCGUUUCUGCUGGCCGGAGGCGUGGCGCGUAAUAGUAGGUUGGCUUUGACAUGUAACUGGUUUGGCUGGUGGAAUAAGGGUCAAUUGGUGGCAAUGAUGGUGGUUGGCUUUGACAUGGUCCAUAUGACAGCAGAGGAACAAAAUACUGUUUUCCAAUGAAACCUUCAAUGGCAAUAAAUUGUUGGAUGAUGCAGCAUUCUUACUCUGGACAUGGCUUAGAAGUUUGGAGAAAGAUUUUACAACCCAUUUUAACCAAUGGUCAAGUAAUCUUAGAGUUGGUUGUGUGUAUUAGCCGAGGAUAGCAACCAUAGGAUAACAGUAGAUAUAGACUCUUGUAUGUAGUCAGCUUUUGGUUCCUAUCAAGAUUGUAUUAAGCCUGAUAUCCAGAACCAAUUGUAUGGACUAUCACAAUUAUGUACUCUUUGUACCUCUGGUACUUCAAUAUAUACAUAUAUUAUAUUUGCUGAUAAAAAAAAAAAAGUUUGAAGAUAAAAAAAGAUGAACUGAAAUCUGAAAAUAAGUUAUUCCUGUAUGCUGCUCUUCCUUGAUAUCAAGUGGAAAGUUAACCUCUAAGGCAGGAUAACAUCUAAAUUGGGAAAAGCUCUUUGUCAAUGGCUUUUCUAGUGUGUUUCAUGGAUAUGGGUACAAGUGCAGGUACACAACGAAUUUUCUAAAGGUAUGGGUAUGAGAGGAUAUUAUCAUAAGAAAUUUAAAAACAUAAAGUAUUAAAGUCAUAAUAUAAAUACCAUUCUCUUAUUUUCUUACUCAAAUAGCAAAAAUAUUUAAAGAAAAUACAAGUUGAAGGGAGUGAAACAGUAAUUUGUUUGGUUUAGUAAGGAACCAAACAACUAAGCAACAAAACUUGGUGUUGUGUAUGGACUGACUUGUUCUUGAGGCAUAAGUGAGUAUUGGGUGGGGUAGCCUUGGUACCCAAUAAGUACUGGUACUGAAUAUGUACCCAGUGUGGGUACAACAACUUUUGGGAGUACCCAUGCAUAAUAACUUUUCUGUAUGAAGUUCAAUAUGUCUUGGCUCCUACUUCCAAUGUCUUGUGUAGAAUCACUUUAAAGAAAUGCAACAGGGUUCUUCACAUAAUAAGAUCAAUCCAAAUCAUUGGGAGUGAUCAAGUGAGGGUAUAAAUGCUUAACAUAUGUCCUGGCUUCAUUCAAAACAUGAGUGGAUGAACUGGGGAUAUUGCCUUUUGAAAGGUUAUGUGGAUGCCCAACAGAUUGGAUUUGUUUACCACCAUAAUGUUGAUUUUUUUUUUUUUAUAAAGUCGGGUUCAACCUUUCAGUUCAUUUUUCUUAUCUUCAAACUGUUGCAUUCCAGCAAUUUUCUCUUUUGAUACUAGUGCUUGUUUAUCCAUCUGCUUUCUUGUGGUUGUGGUAGACACUAGACAGUACUACCCCCUGUUGUUAGGAUGUAUAAUGAGAGUUGAAUAAGAACAGCUGCUAGUCAGUUAUUCCAUUAGUUAGCUAGUUAGUUUGAUUAUAAAUAGGGGCAUUCUGUUAAACCGUUAAUCUUCCACAAGGUGACAAAACAAUAUGAUGACUUAAGUCAACAUAAAUAUUUACUCACUCAUAAGAUUUUUCUUUUUAAAACAUUUUCUAAAGCUUGAUAUUGUAGUUGAAAGAACAUUUGCUUAUUGAAUGAAACUAGGGAAACAGUACACGAUUCCAUAUAUUUUGAGAGGUGUGGAUCCACUCCUUACACUGCUUUCUUAAUCACCAAAAGUUCCCUUUUGUAGGCAACUACUGGUCUACAAUUUAUAAUCGAAAUCCACCCUUAAUGGACCUAAUUAGCUGCAGGUCCAUUCCCCUUCUUUCUAACAUAAACCUACUUGAUCACAACUCUACUAUCUGUUUUAAAUAUGUAAAUGUAAUUAGCAUUAAUUUAGGACAGAAUAUUUCCUGUGCAUAUCUUUGAAAUUUAUAGCCUGUAAGUACUAGAUCCUAUUUAUAUUAUCAUUAACCUUUAUAAGUGGAUAAGUUCUUGUAUUUCGAAUCAGUAAAUGAUAUUCAAAAGUUUAUUCCUUUUGAACUUGUCGUUUGAGGGAGGGAUUUCUUUUGUUUUCAUAGUUUCAUUUGUGUACUGUCUGGUCCGACAGGCAUCUGUGGUGGGAGUUGUUGUAAAGUCCCACAUUGCCUAUUUAAUUACUGAGGUGCGGUUUAUAUACCUUUUGGGAAACUUCUGGUAAUGUCAAUUAGUUUUAAGAUGAAAUCUAACACUAUAAUUUUAAGUGCCUAAUAUUAUCCCAAAUCAGAGAUGCUUACCCAAAGAAAACUUGAAUAUUAUGGUCCCAUCAAAUGCAAUAGUAGCACAUAUUGCAUAUAAACUUAGCCUCUUUACUUCCCCACUCAAACAACUAAAUGUAAUAACAAAAAAUUGUCUAAAAUGCUUAGCCUCUUUACUUCUAACUAAGCCAUUAAUGUUGUUAAUGAGAAUUUGAUCCAAGCAGACCUAACAUUUGCCAUAAAAGCAUAACAAAUCAUCCAUAAAGAACACAAGCUAAAUUUUCAAAACAUUCAUUUAAAGUUAUAUUUCAUUUCUCUUAAUUUUUUUCUCUGUUGAAAUGGGAAAUUUUCUUAUUAUAGAUCAUACAACAGGUUAUGAUAUUGAAUGUUAUUAUAUUGGGAUUGUUUAUCAUUCCACUAUAUGCUAAUUAUUGGGUGUGAUUCCACAAUAUGCCCAGCAUAUACCAUAAAAGCAUAACAAAUCAUCCAUAAAGAACAGAAGCUAAAAUUUCAAAACAUUCAAUGAAAGUCAUAUUUCAUUUCUUCUAAUUUUCUUCUGUUGAAGUGGGAUAUUUUCUUAUUAUAGAUCAAACUACUGGGUGUGAUUUUGAAUGUUAUUAUAUUGGGAUUGCUUAUAAUUCCACUAAGUGACUAACUAUUUAAAUUGUUAAUACUUAAAUUGAUUCAUGGCCUAUAAUACAUUUUUUGCUUCAAUUUCUCUCCUUAAUCAGUUCAUGGAUAUUGUCAAUACUUAAUCUGCUCUUCCAGAUGAGAAAUUCACCACGUAAACUAAUAAUAUCAUCUGUAAGCGAAACUUACAUCUCAAAAUGUAGAUACAUCGCAACCCUUGCCUUUUUUAUUUCCUUUCUUCAGUAAAGGCUUAACCUAUGUGUCAUUAGUCCUUUCUGCUUUAUUUAAUCAUACAUUUCUAUGUCAGUGUCAUUCUUACACCAUUUAGACUUCAGAGGGAAGUAAUAAUCCGGGUUUUUUUUUUCAUUAUUAUCUGGUUUACACUUUAUAACCAUUUGCUUUAAUUUAAUUUACUUGUGCCUGCCAAUGAUGGAAUGUAUAUGUUUCAUACCCAUGUCCUAUUCCACAGCUCAACCUGAUAAAUUGUGUUCAAUGUUAGCAAAGAAAAGCCAGUACAAGACAUUUAGGAAUUUCAGUAGUUGGAUGAUUAUGUUUAAUGAGAAAACUUGCCUAUUUGCAAUACUUACAGCAACUUAUGCUACAAUGUGGUAGAGGAGAUCCAUAGAAAGGGAUAUGCAUUUGAUUGGAAUCUUUAGACACCGACUCUCAGUCGAUUGUCAUAUGCAUUACAAUUCAACUAAACUGCACAGAAUCACGAACAAGGUUCUUCCUUUUAUCUUUUUUCUUCUUGUUCCUAAUUGUAGCUUUAAAAAAAAAACACACACACACUCACACACAAAAUUCAUUAAGAUUGAAAAGAUAGGUAUAAAUGUUUUAGGAUAAGAAAUCAUUGAGAACUAUACCAUGAAAAAAAGGAAAAAGACAAUAAACUAAUAACAAGUAAAAUGCAACAUGACACUUUGAUCUCUCUGAAGGUCUAAUAAAGAUACCCCUUUAACAAGACCAUUAGCAGAACACCACAAAGAAGCUACAUGAACUGGUUGAUCCUGAAUGGACUCAAGAGUCAACUGAUGACCGAUAAAGAUUCUAGCAUUUCUGUCUGACCAGAUACACCAGAUAACUGCAAAUUGAGAACCACGCAGGAACUGCUGGUGUCGAAUGCUCUAAAAUUAACACAUGGGCAUUGCUGGAGAUUGUGUAAAUUGUUUCUGUGAUUCUUCUGUUAACACCUGAACAAGUACAGAUCUUUUUCGGUCUUUCCUGAUAACGGGUUUGAAAGUUUCUUGUUGUUAAUACUCCUCCUUGCUUAUCGGGUUUUCGAAAAUGAUUUGUCCUAAUGUUCAAUGUCUGAGAAGAUUCAAUAAAGAACCUCCGCACAACUUUUGGCAUUUGGUUAACUCUAACUUUUUAAUCAUUAUGGUGAUUGAUUGAGUUUUAUAUGUUAUAAAUAUGUUUGUACUUUGUACUUCCCAUUCUCCGUGAAUUUUCCGAGAUUACAAAGGAAGGAUAUUUAGCAUUUUCAGCUCUUCACUUUGAUGAGAUACCUGGACUUGGAUUCCUGGCUGGAUAGAUGAGGCCAGUGUGGUUCCUUUGCAAAUAAUCCUAACCCUAUAAAUCUGUUUGGGUCUAUUUAUUUACCUUUCUAUAUGCGGUCUUGAUUUUUCCCUUCAUAAUGACUGAACAAGGGUGCAUGCUUAGUGCUGUGACUGUCUUUAUGUUAAUGGGGUAGAAGAAAAAUCAACUCCCCAGUUUCUUGAGUUGUUGAUGUCUCAAAUGCAGUGAUUAGUUUUAUGAAUACUGGUAUAAUAUGAUAGAGCAAAGGCCCUUGGGUCAAAAUGUUUUAUUUUUGGCUAAAUCAAGAUCCAUUGGCAAAGAUAUGGGGCGAGAUUGUCUUUGGUGGCAUUGACUGACCACAUUUAUGGUCCACUUUCUCGCAAAGUUCAUUGGCAGGUCUAUUAUAUUUCAACCUCAUUUGCUUCAUUUUAGCUCUUCUUAUCAACCAUGUUGGUGUAAUCGGCUUUGUCCAAUUUUCCCUCCUAGUUUCAUUUAUUCCUUUUCAUACAAAUGCUUGACAACUAAAUAUUAGCAGGGUUUCCGUUGGCUGUUGCAAUUCAUUUUUGCCUACAAUUACUUAACAUUUCAAACAUCUAAUAUUCCUUUUUUCU